GACGUGAUGUCAUUCCCAGUGGAUGCGAGGGGAGGGGGUAAAUCACCCGGGGCAGAUCGCUGCGCAUGCGCACUGAACCCCCCCUCACCCCUCCCCUCUCCCUCUCUCUCCGGUGAAGAUGGCGCCAGCACGCUCUCACAAGAAGCCAGGGGUGCAGAAAUCCAAGGGUGGCAAGAAGAAGAAGCUGGUGCUGAAAUUUACGCUGGAUUGCACACACCCCGUGGAGGAUGGCAUCAUGGACUCGGCCAACUUUGAGCAGUUCCUGAAGGAGCGCAUCAAGGUGGACGGCAAGACGGGCAAAGUGAGCGAGCACUCGGCCGUAACGGUGGAGCGCAGCAAGAGCAAGAUCACCGUCUCCUCCGAGAUCCCCUUCUCCAAGCGGUACCUCAAGUACCUGACGAAGAAGUACCUGAAGAAGAACAACCUGCGGGACUGGCUGCGUGUGGUCGCCGCCAGCAAGGUCUCUUACGAGCUGCGCUACUUCCAGAUCAACCAGGACGAGGAGGAGGAGGACGAAGAGGACUAAGCACUGGGCGUGCCCCCCUCGUUCUGCUCGCUGUCCGGUUGUUGCCCACACAAUGCCAAUAAAAUGACUCGUGGAGUUUGA